AUGGAUCUUCGUCCUUAUGAAUUAUUCGAAUUAACUCUGUCAAAUGCCAUCGAGGUUCUAUUGGCAAGAAUAGAAAUGGAUCCUUGUAUACUCGAAAAUGAAGAUGGUUCAUUAAGACAAUUAUUUAUCGUGAUAGAAUGCCCUUUGUUAGCGACGUCCAAUAGAAAUGAAAGUUUUUCUGUGGCUCUAGUUAAAAGGGUAGUAAGAAUACUCGGAUAUAUAGAUGACUUCCGAGGAAAAGCCCGGGAUCAACUUAUAGACUGGUUUUCCAAGUAUGAUGUUGAGGGAUUUGAGAAUAUCAUUCGCAUUCUUCAUCGCUACCUUGAUGAUCAUUAUCAUCCGCCUCCUGCCUUAGUCACUCAUGAAGUGAUUGCAACGGUCAAAGCGUUAGCUAUGCUAUUGCGUCGCGAACAUUUGGUAAAAGAUGCACUGGACCAAUUGAUAGUGAAACAACUUGACCUGAAAAAACCGUUGAGAGUUAAAUUCAUUAGUGGUGAAGAGGAGGCCCAGGACCAAGGUGGAAUUCAAAGAGAAUUCUUCCAAGUUCUCUUGGAAAAAUUGCUAGACCCUGACACUGGCAUGUUUUUGUAUGAUGAGCAGACAAGGCUUCAUUGGAUAAAUGGUGCUUCUUUGGAAAACGAGCGAAAGUUUGAACUUGUGGGUAUCACCUUGGGCGUGGCAUUAUUCAAUGGAAUUCUGGUGGAUAUAAAUUUGCCUAGAGCUUUAUACAAAAAGCUGUUAGGCUAUUCGGUUACGCUGGAAGAUAUAAAAGAGGGUUUUCCGGAUGGAGAUGUUUAUGAUAUCUUUGUUCGCAACUUCGAAAUAUCCUAUAAUGUAUAUGGAGAGGAGCGCAUAUUUCCGCUUAUGCAAGGAGGAAGUGAUGUGCAUGUGACCAACGAAAAUAGAAAAGAAUACGUAGAAAAAUAUAUUGAUCACUUUGCUAAUAAGCACAUUGAAAAACAAUUCAAUGCAUUGCAAAGAGGAUUUUUGAGAAUGUGUGAUGGAAUAGUCCCUAAGUUAUGUCGUGCCGAGGAAUUAGAAUUGCUCAUUUGUGGAAAUAGAGUUCUUGAUUUCAAGGAGUUGGAGAAGACUGUGAGAUAUGAAGGUGGCUUUGAGAGAAAUCAUCCUACAAUAAAAAAUUUUUGGUCGGUAGUUCAUGAUUUCUCUCACCAACAUAAAAAGCAAAUCUUGGCGUUCGUUACUGCCAGUGAUCGAGUACCAAUUAGAGGAUAUAGUGACAUGUCCUUUACCAUCCAGAGAAAUGGCCCCGACUCUGACAGACUACCAACAGCCCGGACAUGUUUUGGCGUUCUUUUGCUUCCGGACUAUAGCACAAAGGCAAAACUUCGUGAUCGGCUUUUGGUGGCAAUCCAAAACGGUAGAGGUUUCGGUUUUGCGUAG